GUUUGCGAGCCCUUCGUCAUCCUCACAGCAGAGAGUUGAGGUUACAGUAGAUGUUCUCACCAGUAGGAUGAAGGAUUUAGUCAGCAGUCAUAAUGCCAUGGAGUUCAGCCAAACUCCCAUCAGCCCCCAGAACAACAGUGCUGUCCUGUGCAUUGGAGACCUGAAGGACAGCGAUGUUGAUGAUGAUGAUUCUUCAGAGGGUUUAUUCACUUUCAAAGAUGAAGCCCUGAACAUCAACAAAUUGCAGACGGUCAAUGAACCACAGAAUUUCCACAAUCCAGCCCCUUUCUCAUUCCAGUUUACCAGUUUUCACCCUCAGAUCAAAUGGUUCCAGAGGGGUGAGUUGGUCACGAUCUACAUAAAGCUCAUCAAUCCAGCGAUGCAGAAGUGUGAAUUCCACUCAGACACUGCCAUUUACAGUGGGUACGUGUAUGACCGGCAUUACUAUGCAAAGCUUGAGCUGUCCGGUAACAUCAUCGCAGAAGAGUCCUCAUGGGAAAUGAGAUGCAAUGAGCCUGUGAUGAAGCUGAAGAAAAAGGAAAAGCAGGACUGGAGAUCACUCCUCAAACACAAGAGCCCAUUUGUCAGCUAUGAAUUUGACUUCAUUGAGGAGACUCGUGUUUCUUCAGUAAACGGUUAA